GUAAUGUUGAUACAGACAAACUUUUAAAGAUUGAGUUAAGAAUUUGGAGUAAAAAUGCCCCCAGUAUUUAAAGUUGGAGUUUUAGGCGUUCCUCUUUCUAAAGGACAGCCACGAGAUGGAACAGAAAAUGGACCCAAAGCUCUCCGAAAUGCAGGAAUUAUUAAAGUUCUAGAAGAUUUGGGUAAUCAGGUUAUUGAUCAUGGAGAUCUACAGUUUGAAACAAUAGAGAACGACAACCCCAAAGACAAGAUCAAAAAUCCUAAAACAGUUGGUGCAGCCAACAAAAAGAUAUCUGAUGCUGUUUAUAGUAUAGUCAAGUCGGAACAGUUGUGUCUAACAAUGGGCGGUGAUCACAGUAUGGCCAUGGGGUCAAUUCACGGACACGCUUUAGCUGAACCAAAUAUCGUAGUUGUAUGGGUAGACGCACACGCAGAUAUCAACACACCACUUACGUCUUCGUCUGGAAACAUCCACGGCAUGCCGUUAUCAUUUGUAUCUAAGGAACUGGAGGCUUACGUUCCUAAACUCAAAGGUUUUGAAUGGUGCUUCCCUUGUAUUAGUGUAAAGGAUAUUGUUUAUAUUGGAUUAAGAGACGUGGACGAAGGCGAGAGAUGCAUCAUAGAACAUUUUGGUAUUGCCCACUACUCCAUGCAGGAUGUAGAUAGAAUGGGAAUUGGAGAGGUAGUAGAUAAAGCCCUGAAAGCCGUUGAUCCUACAGGAACUCGACCAAUUCAUCUUAGCUUUGAUGUAGACGCUCUAGAUCCUGCUAUUACACCGUCUACUGGUACACCUGUGGCUGGUGGGUUAUCAUUCCGAGAAGGACAAUACAUCAUGGAGGUACUAGCAAAUACUGGUCGAUUGUCGGUAGUUGAUAUAGCGGAGAUCAAUACAACAGUGGGUAACUCUGACGUGACAGUAAAAACAGCUGUAGAGAUCGUAAAGAAAUGUUUCGGUCAGAAACGUGGAGGCAACUUCCUGCCUUCUUAUGGCCUACCCAAAGCUAACUAAACAAAGAACACAUCAAGUUUCUUAUAAUAUAGUUCUUAUUUUUCUUUCAAUAUUUUACUUUUAAAAUAUAUUUAUGUAGAAUCUUAUUUCUAUAUCGUUA